UCUGAUUGGCUGAGUUUGCCUGUGUAGGCGGGGCUUCCGCCUCGACUUUACUAUGCUGGUGGAGCUUCUGCUACAGACGGAGCGCAAAUGUUUUCUGAAGCCUUUGUUUGUUUUAUAGAAGGUUUACACGGCAGAUGAGGCUGAGCAGAGUCGAAGAAUACAACAGAAAAACAACCCCAGCCGCCAGAAUGAGUUUUUAAAUCGAUAAGAGCCACAUAUCCUGGACGGAGCAUCGGACACUCUCGCUUCACCUCCUUCCCCCUCCUCCUCCUGUGAGAAUCUGAUACGCUUGUUCACUACCCCGACAGCCAGCAGCUCACUGUCCCCCCCAAAGAGAGACAGUGGAGGACACGCAUCCACGAACACUGCUGCAGAAUUCCACUCAUGCAUAGAGACAGAGCUCACCAGACCUAGAAAUAACCACCAUGGAUACACUGGAGAGCUUAUCAGACACACAGAUGGAGGACUUCCUGUCUGGACGCUCCUCCCUGACCCUCACGGUUGGACUCGGUGCCCACACCAUGCAUGUGCAGCUGCAGCUGUCCGCGCAGGAUGUGAAGAAGCUGCAGCAGGACAGGGAUUCAAUGCCUCUUUGUGGCUCUGAACACAGAACCGACACUCCGGCAUCUGGCAGCGACCAUUCUCCCUGCAGAAGAUCCAGUACCUCACAGACUUCCUCUCCGGCUUUGCUCCAAACUGACCUCACAUCCUCUAUCCAGUGUACUCAGAGACUCAAUCGUUCCUUGAAUCCACCAGAUCGAACCCCACCUGGGAGCCUUCAUGGUCCCUCGUCUGAAUUUCAGUCCUGUUCCGCACCCUCACUUCCUUCACUGGUUCCAUUCGCCAGCUGCCUGGUAGGAAGCGCUCCAGUCUGCUCUGCUGGACUCGGCGGCUCGGACCCAAGACCUCAGAGCCCUAGACCGGCCUCCACAGUGUCUGAGGUCAGCCAGGUGGGCGUUAAUGGAAAGGAGUCACAGUCGGGGGCAGUCAUAGAAACCUUAGUGAAUGAUUGUCCAGGUGUCGUCUCUGGGACUUUCUCAGGGACUCUGUCAUCCUGCAGUCAGAGUCAUCCUCGACGUGGCGUUGCCAUCAUUCUUCAAAUCCUCAACGAUCUCCUCAUAGCAGCCCACCGACACCAGAGGGCUCUAACUCCUCCUUUUCCUCCCAACCCUGCAGUCGGCCAACUCGCCACAGAGGAGGCCCACAAGAAAAGAAAGAAGCUGUCGGCAAAGCAGAGGAUGUGGCAUCAUGGAGCUGAAAGCCGGCCUCUUAACUCUCUAACAGAAGAAAAUCAAACCAUGCAUUGUAAGCUAGAACGCCUCCAGCUUUUGAUGCGCCAGAGGCGUCUCCGCAGAAGGACUCGCCGGAACUCACAUCUCAACCAAACUACUUGUUGGUAUCCACAUCACCGGUCCUAACCUCCUCGAUAGAGGAGAUCCUCACACUGUGCUGAGCUCAAAUAUGGAGGCCGUUUAAUGUCACACAUUUCUGUCUCUGCUCCAAUAAUUCCCAAUGUGUGUCUCUGUAUGUAACCCUAGGCUGGAAAAAUGUUUUAAAAACUGACGUGAAAAUUCAUUUUUAGGCCUUUUGAGGCUUUGGAAAUAAUCUAGAAAGUGUUUUCUAGACAUAGAAUCUCAGUAAAACUACAGCUGUUGUGUCUUUGUGGGUUUGAAGUAAAGCCUUAGAAUAGUUGUUGUCUGGUUUCUCUAAAAUAAUCUGUUUUGUGUCCAACAACUCAUAGUAUUAGAGUCCACACAAAUGUUGACUGCCUCCACCUUUUUUAUGUAAGAAGUUUACAACUGUGUCUAAAAAAGAAAAAUAACUUUUGUGUUUAUGCAUUUUUUAUGCCAUUGCCUUAAAUGUUUCUGUUUUAAUGUACAAUGUGUGUUUUCUCUGGCUAUCCCUUUAAAACGAUCUAAAUAUUCAAAAGUAGACAAAGAAUAAAUAAAAAAUUGAACUUUUUAGACUCCAUUUCAGUAGGGGAAGAAAUAAACCUGUUCACAAGAUUUUUAUAAACUGAAUUGGACAUUCAAAUGGUUUCAAAGGAUUCAAAGCUGUUUUGAAUUUGAGAAGCUUUAUCCUUAUUCUUUUAAGGAAAAAAGUCUUGGUUUGCAGUUGGCAACUGUUUUGUUGUCUUGUUUCUGGCUAUAAAAAAGCACUUUGGCACAGGUUAGGAUGCCGUGUUAGAUUGCUUUACAUCUGUGUACUUGUUUGGGAAUGCAGGCAAAUUCAUCACUCAUCUAAUGGGUGGAAGACAUGCAUAAACAUGUAGCUUUUAUGUGAAUAUGAGGAAAAGUGCUUUUUUAGCUAUCUAAAAUUGUUUAGAUUCUUGUUUUAUAAAAAGAGCACACAAAAUCUUCAAUGAAAUAAAUGUAGCCUAUGACUAUGAUGUACAAAAUAUCCAAAACACUUAAUAAAACAGUCAGAAAAUGCUGCAAA